AUGUCGUCGGCAGCCCGCGCCAGCUCGCACACGGCCGCACCACCGCCAGGCAACCCGCUCGCGGCCGACAAGUACCUCGAGGGCAAGGCCAAGGCCUUUGCCUGGCUACGCGACAACGGCUACCCCGAGGACAGCGCCGUCGAGUGCCCGGUCGCGUGGGGCGAGAUGGACGCCAACGCGCACGUCAACAAUAGUGUGUAUUUUAGGUGGUUGGAAAGCGGACGACUCGCCAAUCUCAACGCGCUCGCCGACCAGCUCCCGUCACCCUCGGACGCCGCCGCCCUGCGCGGCAACGGCAAGGGCAAAGGCCCGAUCCUCGCCCGCAUCACGUUCGACUACGGCCUCCCCGUCGCGUACCCGGACAACGUCCUCGUCGCGCACAAGUGCAAGCAGGUCGGCGCCAAGAAGAUGGUGUCGCAGGCCGUCGUCUACUCGUACGCCCAGCAGUGCGUCGUCGGUACGAGCGACUCGGUCGUCGUCAGCUACGACUACGACAACGGGCGGUCCUGCCCGUGGCCGACGAGCCUCGUCGACCUCGUCGUCGAGCGAGGGGCCGAGCGGCUCGAGUCGAGCGCGGGCAAGGGCUCGAGGGCGGCCAAGCUAUAG